AUGGCAAGCAAAAGGCCAAGCCUGAAUCAGCAGUCUUCCGAGGAUCUGCGGCAUGCGACGGUUCUUUGUAAGGAAGGCUUGGAAUCGAUAGUAAACUUCACGCCCGUUCACGUCGUGAAGGAUCUGCCAACACCCUGGCCCAGAUGUCAGGAAUUGGUGCGACACCUUGGUGCCGAGAGAAAGACGCCUACUCGAGAUGAUCUGGUGCUCGCGGUUUCGCACGCCUGGUCGCACCAGCUACAUCCGGAUCCGCUGGGACGCAAGGCCGAAACCAUCAAGCAGCUCACUGAAGAGGCUGUGAAGGAUCACCAGAUCAAAGGCGAUGCGAUGUUAUUUUAUGAUUUCAUGAGCAUGAGCCAAAAUCCAUUCCAACCAGGACAAACUGAGAGAAGUCCGCAAGAGCAGGCAGACUUUCUCAAAGCCAUCGAUGCCUUGCCAGAGGUCUUCUUCACAGCCGAUGCAGUGCUGCAUGUGGAAGGGAAUUGGCCAGAACUGGAGUGCGAGGGGCAGACACGAAAGGUCAGCAUGUCAGAACUGAACCGCAUGAAGCUGAAGCAGCAUGGGUCGGCCGUGAUGAUGUACGACGAAUACCCGGCCAAUGAUGGCAGCGUGGCAGAAUUGCCAGUCUUCACCAUUCGCAGCGACCCCUCACUUGGCGACAUCAAGAGCAUCGACGAUGUCUACAAGUUGAAGCGAGGGAAAGAAGGCGGAUGCUUGCCCUGCAGACGACUUCAUCGGCUCCACAAGUUGAGACCGAAGUCUGAAGCAGAGGCCGAGACAGACCCAGUGUUCAUCGUGCAGCCAUCCCCAAUGGGGAAGCGCAAUGCAGUCCCGGCAGGCGAACGAGGUUGGAUUUACUUCGAGCGACUCGUUUCCACAAUCCGUGUGGCCCUGACAGAUGAGCAAUAUGCGGCUCGUACCGUCUACGCAAAUGCGCCGGACUUGAAGGAGUCGAUCCUAGCUAGGGCACAGAAGUUGCGCCAGUGUGCUGCGCAAAGCAACAAGGCUUUGAAGGCGCAGUUCGAAGAUUACAUCGAGGAGAUCAAGCAGAAGACCUUUUCUGCCACAUCCUUGGAUAAGAAAAAGGCAUCAACCAAAAACACGGCGACGGACGUGGAUUUGGUUUUUUCUUUGCUGACCCAGUUGAGACGGCGUGUCUCACUGGCCCUCGCAAUGACCGUCCGCAACCUAUCUGUCGAGGACUGCGCGGCCUUGUUAGCUGAGCAAGCUGACCUCAGUAUUCAAGAUGGGAGGGGUUAUACUCCACUUCACAAUGCCGCCAGGUUUCGAAACGUCGAAGUGGUGCAGCUACUUCUCGAUAAUGCCGCCAAGCGAGGAGCACGAGAUCGGCUUGGCAACACCCCGGCUCAUGUCAUUCCGUUGUACGCUGACGAGAUCACCGUGGGAUUGCUGCAACUCCUCGCGGACGAUGCCAAGCACCUGCGAAAAAAGAAUCGGGCUGGCCUGAGCGUCCUGAACCGAAUGGAGUCCUGGGCCCUGGUUGCCGUAAAUGGCGGGCCCUACCAGCCGAUGAUGGAUUGGAUUGCAGC